GUUUGCGCUUUCGUUGCCCUGCCUGUAACUUGUCCAAUUUAGCUAGCGUUGGGUGUCUUGCAUAGGCCCAUCACGCCCAGCCGUGUGUUUUAUCAAUUAGAAGUGUCCCACCGCGUCUCUAACAAACAUUUUUGCGAAAAAACGGUGCUGCCUGUCGAAAAUCAAGUAGGCCGUGUGACCAUAUCGAUUUAUAAGUGUGUGUAUGUGUGUAAAGCACGGUUCACAUCACACAACAAACGACGAGAGCAGUGUCCAACAAUGAACGUAGGAUUUAUUCCGAUGGACCGCAAUAAUGACAACUGAGGUGAACCAGAAUUUAAAAACGGAAUACGUUCAAAACUCGGCACAGGAAAACAAGCCCACCCCCUCGCCGCUCGCGCUGCUGGCCGCGACCUGCAGCAGGAUCGGACCCACCUCGAGCGAACCGACGCCUCCCACCAUCACCAUGUCCAGUACGCCUACCCCCGUCAAGAACGUGCCCGUGGCCAGUCCCCAGGUGGUCAGCGUCCCCGUUGGCCUACCGCAGCAGAUCUCCCAACAGUUACUGCAACAGCAGGGUGCGCAGAUCGUCAGUGCUGCUGCCGCCGCCGCGGGACAGAACUUGGCCUACAAUGUCAUGCAGCCGAUGCAGACGGUCACCGUUGACGGCCAGGAGGCGCUCUUCAUCCCUGCCAUGUCGCUUGCAGGUGGCCAGCAGCCGCAGCAGCUCUUCAGCCCCGGUCAAAUAAUCCGCGCCCCCGGAGUGCUUCCUACCAACUUGCAGACGGUUCAGCUUUCUAACGGGCAAAGUGUCGCCGUCCGUCCCACAAUGCCCCAAGUGGUCCAAUUUCCGAUGCAACAGACCAUCCCGAUCCAAGUGCCGAUCUCGUCAGGCAAUGGCCAAACCAUCUACCAGACGAUUCAUUUUCCCGUUCAAUUGGCCACAGCGGCCGUUCCCAAUAUCAUCCAAGCCCAGCACAUCAUGCCUCAAGUCGCGAGUAUUAUCACCCCCAGUGGACAACUCCAGCAAGUGCAGAUCGCGACGUCGGUGGCGGCGCCCGCUCAAACCCCCACGUCGGUCUCACAGAGCGCCACCGUCCAGUCCGAUAUCACCACGCCAUUGACUUUCACGGGGGCCAACGGCCAACAAUUCACUGUCAUACCCGCCAGCAAUUUGCAGCAGGUCAGGGGGACCAACAUUAUACAAGUUCCUAAUAUUCAAGCAAUACCCACAGUGCAGAACAUACCCGUGUCGGGUUUAGGUCUGGGCAACGUGCAGGUGAUCGCGCAGCCGACGGCGGCUUCGCAGCUCGCCGUGGGCCAGCACAUCCAGCAGGACCCCAACGACCCCAACAAAUGGCAAGUGAUCCCCAACGUCACCACAACGCAGCAAACAACAGCGCCACUCACCCCCGGCGUCGUGGUCACCGCAAAUCCACCGGAAAUGAAUAACUCCACUCCAGUUGGUGAAAACGGUCAAGACGGCUUACAAAAACAGCGAGUUCGGAGGGUGGCAUGCACGUGUCCUAACUGUCAAGAGGGCGAAAGACAUGCUGAUCGCAAAAAACAGCACAUCUGCCACAUCCCCGGAUGCAACAAAGUGUAUGGAAAGACGUCACACCUAAGGGCGCAUCUCCGGUGGCACACGGGGGAAAGGCCAUUUGUGUGUAGUUGGCUGUUCUGUGGUAAACGGUUCACACGGUCGGACGAGUUGCAAAGACAUAGAAGGACUCAUACGGGAGAAAAGCGGUUCCAGUGCAACGAAUGCAGCAAGAAAUUUAUGAGAUCGGACCACUUAUCUAAGCAUCUCAAGACGCACCAAAAGCAGAGGAUUACGCGGAUUAAUGGAGACGACGUUGACGAUGUUCAUGAAGACAAAGAUGAGUGGGAUGACGCCCAGUCGGACGAGCAAGCAAAACCUAUGUGGAUUACAGACAAUAAAAACAAUAUUAAAUACGAAAUCACUCAAGUUAAUUACGCACAGGAGGCUGCAACAUCGACUCAAUCUGCCUCGUCGGAUAGUUCCAGUGAAGAAAAAAUGAUGAUUACGAUUAGCACGUCCGAAGCUGAUGAACUGAUCAUCGCAGACCCUCUCGACAGCUGAGCUUCCAUCUUUUUAAUCGAGUCGGAAUGCUCCUUGUAAAAGUUGUUUAGUUAUGUUUAAAUGUUUGUACAAACGCUGUAUAAAGUUUUUAUCUGAAUAUAUAGUUUAUUUUAUAAA